GUGAGUGGCGGCGUCAUGGGGCGGGCCGGGCCGCCCGCGCCGGGGCUGCGGCUGCUGCGGCUGCUGCUGCUGGUGUGGGGGCCGCUGGUGCUGGGGGACUGCGGGGGCCACGGGCUCGUCCCCGCCGGCCCAGAGCUCGCCCGGCUCCCGCCGUGGCCGCCGGCGGCCGCCCUCCCGUCGCUGGCCCUGCUGCGGGACGACCUGCCGGAAGACCCGCCGGGCCUCCUGCCGGACCUCGACCCCGACUGCCGGGCCCUGCUGGUCCUCUUCGCCCGCAGCAGCGCCCGGCUGACGGACUGCCUGGGACGCGGCGCCCGGCCCGUGCGGGUCUGCCAGACCUGUUACCCGCUCUUCCGGGAGGUGGUCGGCAGCAUGGAGAACAUCAGCCGGGCCGCGGGGCCGGGGAAUGCCUCUGAGAGCCACAACUGUGCCCGAAGCCUCUUAAUGUCAGACCGGAUGCAGAUAGUUGUGAUUUUGUCCGAAUUUUUUAAUACCACAUGGCAGGAGGCGAAUUGCGCAAAUUGUUUAAUGAACAAUAGUGAAGGAUUAUCGAAUAGCACAAUACAUUUCCUGGAUCUGUUCAAUAUCACCAUGACAUGUUUCGAGCAAAACCUCCAGGGGGGUGAGAGCAGUCUACAACUGAGAAACUAUACCGAUGUGUGCAAGAACUGUCGUGAAUCAUACAAAUCACUGAGUGCCCUUUAUGCCGAAAUGCAAAAAAGGAAUGACCACGAGAAUAAAGCAGAACAUGGAACACACUUGUGCAUAGAUGUGGAAGAUGCAAUGAAUGUAACUCGGAAGCUGUGGAGUCGGACCUUCAACUGCUCGGUCCCCUGCAGUGAUACCGUGCCUGUGAUUGCUGUCUCUGUCUUCGUCCUUUUUUUACCAGUUGUUUUCUACCUUAGUAGCUUCCUUCACUCGGAACAGAAGAAGCGUAAACUUAUUUUGCCCAAGCGAAUUAAAUCCAGUACCAGCUUUGCAAACAUUCAAGAUAACUGAAACUCAGGACAGAAUGGAGACCAGUUGAUUCUGAGUAGCAGGAGUCCCAGCAGCGCCUGAGGGCAGAAAAACUGAGUUUCAGCGAUCUCCUUCUCUGUCCUCGAAUCUCUCUUGAAGCUGCUGAGGGAGGAAAGGUGGGAGGGAGGGAAGGAAGCUCCCCCAGAUGGGUAAGGACAUCAGUCUCAUUUGGAAAUAAGACUUCAUAUUUUCCAGUCAUUCGGGACCUGUUUUGAUCCAUUUGGGAAUUUCGGGUUUUGCAGUUUUCAGACCUGUGAUUAUUGUCUUUCAUAAAAAAGUAUUUGGUAAGUUAACCAAAUAAUGUUUCAGGGAUCUCCCCUUCUUCAGUGAUUCCUCUGGGACGACUCAGAACCUUUGUCUACUCCUUCCAAAGCAAAUCUGACCUAUGCUGAUAAAGCAUACAGGAACCUGUACCUCUGAGAUAACCUUGCAAGUUAGUGCAGUGCUUAAAUUUCAGGUACAAGUGGAUUUAUGCAUAAGAAUUAGUGACUAAAUCCUUGAUUUGUGGAUUUGGGAGUUGCACACUGUAGAUUUAGGAAAGGAGAUUUAUUCCUUUUUCCUUUUGACGUAUGAAAUAAUCACUUCUUUAGUUUUUGAAGCAUUUAAAUUGAAGUGGAGGGGGAGGGAGGGUGCUGUGUGGGCCCUUGCACAUCUUCUGUAAAUGGAAUUCAUCAAGAGCCCCUAGGGUAGGGAUUAACUGAGAUUUAUUCUCCAUUUGACACAGGAUUUGAGAGGUACAGCAACAUACGCUGAAGUUCCGGGCAGCUUCACAAUGAACAAAACUCUGCACUGAGUCAUUUGAAGAGCUACUCUGUAAUAUUAAAACUACAACAAUUUCUAAAAAAGUUGGGGCCCAUAUUUCUAUGUAGACUAGGUUUAGGUGAGGCACUCCUGUCUUUUAGAGUAAGCUCUAUUUUACAGUUGGUUGUUAUUUUAGAAGCAAACUGAGAUCACACUGAAAUGGCAGAAGGCCUGAAUGGCAAGAUGAAGGAGCAAUUUGAGACAGAGUUCAAUCCUUCAGGCAGAAAGGAAUUGUUAAACCAUAUUUUGUUGCUUAGCACCAUAUUAUUGUGGAAUUGAAGCAUUAAGUGUAGUAUAGUUACAUCCUUCUCAAAAAUACGAUGUGUAUGUUACAGUUAGGGCACUUGCUGGGUAUACACUUGUGGGCAAGGGAAUCCAAAAAGGGAGCUUGGAGGGGGAAAAAAACAGUGAAUCAAAGAGGAGAUGCUUCAUUUUCUGUACGAUUGUUAGUGGAAGCACAAAUCUAAAGGGGCUUAUGUAAGAAACUGUGUGAUUAUGAUGCCUAAUUAAAAAAAAUGCAAACUUUUAGGAAAUUUUAUCCACUUCUGUGCUUCUUGCUUUAUAUUGAUCCAAUUCUCAAGUGUUAAUAGGGGUGGGUCAGUGGCUGGCAGUUCUCAUUGUUUCUCAGGAUUUUUUAGCUGUCAAAUUGAUCAUUUUACUGCCACAAGUGCUCUGUGGGAGGGGGUCGAUUUGGGCUUGGAGCCCUGACAAGGGGACGUAAGUUUCCCUGGGAAAACAGCUAAGCAUGUUGCUAAAGUUGUCUUGAUGGAACUUAAAGGCAAACUCAUCCUAGGCCAUGGGAGCAGGUGUGAUUUCCGUGGUGCUCAGGUGCCAGGCUUGUUGAGAUUUGUGGGGAGGCUGCCUUCUACGAUAUUGCUAAUAGCAUUACCGUGGUUGACGAGUCGUGUGACCGAGGGUUACUCAAAGCAGCCUUUCAUUCAUGUACGGGAAGCCCGAUUCCAUGGGCAGAAUUAGAGAAUGACACCUCUGAUGCUGCCAGUAGUGGCUUUUUGAGCCCAUUCAUGCUAAGGAGGACUGGGAUUACUUUGGGAUAUGGUAGUUAAGCACUUUAGGAAAGAAAAAGCAGCUUUUACUGGGUUUUGUCCUGUUAAGCCAAGUGAAGUACUCAUGUGACUUUUCGCAGCGGUAAGAACUUCCAAAAACACCGUUAAGAAUGGUAUCUUCAAAAUGUUUUGGCAUCUCUGUUUGGCUGAGUUGUGUAUAUUGUAACCCUGAAUUCAAGGAACCAUGCUGUACAUUGAUGCAAUAUAGUUGGUUUUGUUACACUGCAGUGUUUUAAAAAAUAAAGGUCGAGAAGUCCACAUCGUAAAUACUACUAUUUUGUUUUUAGGUGUUGGUCAGAUUUUGGACACUAGAUGGUAGCUGUUCAUUUGGACUUGUAUGAAACUUCCUAGUAGUAAGUGAAAAUAGCUGCUUUUAAGUUUUGGCCAUUUUGAUUUCUGCAAAUAAAAAUAUUUUUAUAUUUUGAAA